AUGCCAACUUUCUCCAACUUCUUUGUAAACAUAUUCGAGGGUUUGUUGGGUUUCCUCCACAUUCUCUCAAAUAAAAAGCAACAAUUUUGCAUUCUGAAGAAUAUCAGUGGAAUUAUCAAGCCAUCCAGGAUGACACUACUUCUGGGUCCUCCGAGCUCUGGAAAGACCACAUUCCUGUUAGCCCUAGCCGGGAAGCUUGAUUCUGAACUAAAGUCCUCAGGAACUGUGACGUACAAUGGUCAUGAGAUGAAUGAGUUUGUACCCCAAAGGACGGCCGCCUAUAUUAGCCAACAUGAUACCCAUAUAGGAGAAAUGACAGUGAGGGAGACUUUGGCUUUCUCUGCAAGGUGCCAAGGAGUUGGCUAUCUCCCUGAGAUGCUGGCAGAGUUAUCUAGAAGAGAGAAAGCUGCUAAUAUUAAGCCUGAUCCUGAUAUUGACCUAUUUAUGAAGGCUGCAGCAUGUGAAGGACAAGAAGAAAAUCUCAUCACGGAUUAUGUUUUAAAGAUUCUUGGUUUGGAAGAGUGUGCAAAUACCAUGGUGGGAAAUGAAGUGGUAAGAGGGAUCUCCGGAGGUCAGAAGAAGCGAGUGACAACAGGUGAAAUGUUGGUUGGACCAGCCAGGGCCCUCUUCAUGGACGAGAUUUCCACCGGCUUAGAUAGUUCCACCACUUUUCAGAUUGUGAAAUCGAUAAGACAAUCCACUCACAUUCUUGAUGCAACUACUGUCAUCUCUCUGCUUCAGCCCGCACCCGAGACAUUCGAGCUCUUCGACGACAUCGUCCUGCUAUCAGAAGGCCAGAUUGUGUACCAAGGUCCUCGCGAACACGUCGUCGAGUUUUUCGAAUCGAUGGGGUUCCAAUGUCCCAAAAGGAAAGGCGUGGCAGACUUCUUGCAAGAGGUGACAUCAAAGAAGGACCAAGAACAAUAUUGGUCACUAAAGGAUAGACCGUACGCCUUUGUGACGGUCAAAGAAUUUGCAGAAGCGUUUCAAUCGUUCCAUGUUGGCAAAAGCAUUGGAGAGGAGCUCGCAAGUCCAUUUGACAAGUCUAACAGCCACCCGGCUGCUUUAGCAACAGAGAAGUACGGUGUUGAGAGAAAGCAAUUGUUUAAAGCUUGUGUGGCAAGGGAAGUGUUACUUUUGAGAAGGAAAGCCUUUAUCUUUGUCUUCAAGAUUUUCCAGCUUUUUGUGAUGGCAGUCAUUGGGACGUCCGUCUUUUUCCGAACUAAGAUGCAUCGUGAUAAUGUCACUGAUGGAGGAAUCUAUAUGGGUGCUUUGUUCUUUGGUGUAUCUUCCAUACUUUUCAAUUCUAUGCAAGAGAUGUUCCUGGUGAUUGCAAAGCUUCCAGUCUUUUACAAACAAAGGGACUUCCUGUUCUAUCCUUCAUGGGCUUUCUCCCUUUCAACUUGGAUUGUCAAAAUCCCUUUCUCGUUUUUGGAAGCAGCUGCUUUGGUAUUCGUUACCUAUUAUGGUAUUGGGUACGACCAUGAUGUUACAAGGUUUAUUAAGCAGUACUUUCUGGCUGUGAUUCUUAGCCAAAUGGCAUUUUCACUCUUUCGAACUAUUGGUGCUAUUGGACGAGAAACAACUGUCGCUUUCACACUUGGAGCAUUUGUUCUUUGUGUCUUGUUCGGAUUAAGUGGCUUUGUCAUUUCACGAGAUUACAUAAAGAAAUGGUGGAUUUGGGGUUAUUGGGCAUCUCCUAUGAUGUAUGGGCAAAAUGCAAUUGUAGUAAAUGAGUUCUUGGGAAAAAGUUGGAGCCAUAUUGGACCAAACUCAACACAAUCCCUCGGAGUUGAGGUUCUCAAGGCCCAUGGUGUUUUCCCACAUGAUUAUUGGUAUUGGAUAGGAGUAGGGGGAUUGAUCGGAUAUGUCUGCCUCUUCACUAUCAUUUUCACAAUUGCUUUGACUUUCCUACGCCCACUUGGCAAGGGAAAAGCAAAUGUUUCCGAAGAACCUCAAAGUGACUUACCACCUCGUGGUAGAUUAACGACCGAAUUGAUAAACACGGAAAAUAGUCAGCAAUUGGAUCAACCAGCUUAUAUAGUUUUGAAAACAGAAACAGAAGGCAACAUUACUGCUAGCACAAGCAGAAAGAGAGGAAUGGUUCUUCCAUUUCAGCCACAUUCCUUAACCUUUGACCAAAUGACAUACUCAAUCGAUAUGCCACAGGAGAUGACAAAUCGUGGUGUCCUUGAAGACAGGUUGGUUCUUAUAAAAGGUGUGAGUGGUUCGUUUAGGCCUGGCAUUCUCACAGCUUUAAUGGGAGUAACUGGUGCUGGGAAAACAACCCUCAUGGAUGUGCUAGCCGGUAGAAAAACUGGUGGAAAAAUUGAAGGAGAUUUGCGGAUUUCAGGAUACCCAAAGAAGCAAGAAACAUUUGCUCGAGUUUCUGGAUAUUGUGAGCAAACUGACAUCCAUUCUCCUCAUGUUACCGUCCAUGAAUCCUUAAUCUACUCGGCUUGGCUUCGACUGCCAGUCGAGGUUGAUGUAGACACCAGAAUGAUGUUUGUUGAGCAAGUUAUGGAGCUUGUGGAGUUGAAUGAUCUGAGGCAAGCCCUAGUCGGGUUGCCUGGUGUAAAUGGGUUGUCUACUGAGCAACGCAAGCGACUAACUAUAGCAGUCGAGCUCGUGGCUAACCCUUCUAUAGUAUUCAUGGAUGAACCAACAUCCGGGCUAGAUGCUAGGGCUGCUGCCAUUGUCAUGAGAGCGGUUAGAAACACAGUGGACACAGGAAGAACUGUGGUGUGCACCAUCCAUCAGCCUAGCAUUGAUAUCUUUGAGUCAUUUGAUGAGCUAUUGCUCUUGAAGCGAGGAGGACAAGAAAUAUAUGUAGGACCAUUGGGAACACAUUCUUCCCUUUUGAUAGAUUACUUCCAGGGAAUCAAAGGAGUGAGUAAAAUUAAAGAUGGUUAUAACCCAGCAACUUGGAUGAUGGAAGUUAGCUGCUCAGCCCAAGAAGUCGCUUUGGGGGUUGAUUUUGCUACUUUAUACAAGAACUCUAACCUCUAUGAGAGAAACAAAGAGUUGAUCAAGGAACUAAGCACACCUGCUAGCGGUUCAAGGGACCUCUAUUUCCCAUCCAAGUAUCCACAAUCAUUUGCAACCCAAUUUGGUGCCUGCUUAUGGAAGCAAAAUCUGUCUUAUUGGAGGAAUCCAUCCUACACCGCUGUCAACCUUCUCUUCACAACAAUUAUUGCUUUGAUGAUUGGGACAAUGUUCUGGAACCUUGGCCAAAAUGUGAAGAAGCGUCAAGACCUCAUGAAUGUAAUGGGUUCGAUGUAUGUUUCUGUAUACUUCCUUGGAGUCAAGAAUUCAUCAGCAGUGCAGGCAGUAGUUGCCAUUGAAAGAACCAUCUCGUACAGAGAAAGAGCUGCCGGAAUGUAUUCUGCAUUGUCCCAUGCCUUUGCACAAGUCGUAAUUGAGAUCCCAUAUCUAUUCGUCCAAGCGACAAUUUAUACUAUCCUCACAUAUGCAAUGAUUGGAUAUGACUGGACUGCCACCAAGUUCUUAUGGCAAUUCUUCUUCAUGUUCUUCACCUUGCUCUACUUCACAUUCUAUGGCAUGAUGGUAAUGGCUGUGUCACCAAACUAUCCUAUAGCAUCACUAAUUGCUAGUACAUUUUACGGAUUGUGGAACAUCUUCUCAGGAUUUUUAAUCCCCCGAACGAGGAUUCCUAUAUGGUGGAGAUGGUUUUACUGGGUAUGCCCGGUGGCUUGGACGCUUUAUGGAUCGAUUGUAGCACAAUACGGCGACGUACAAAACGAGAUUGAAAGCGGGGAAACAGUGGAAGAGUUUCUGAGAUCAUACAUGGGCUUCAGACAUGAUUUUUUGGGUGUGGCUGCAACUGUUGUUGUUUGUUUUGGAGUUUUCUUUGCUCUUGUUUUUGCCUUCUCCAUGAAGAACAUAAAUUACCUAAAACGCUAG